AUGCAAUUCUCCAAGGAGCUCGUCGACAUCUUCCGCAAAUCUGAGGGCCAACCCCUCCCUCGCGUCACACUUGGUGCUGUGACCAUAGAUGUUCACUCCACAGACUCUCUUCACUUUGCCGAGUCUUUCGAAGACGGUGAAAACUCCACUGACAAGAAGGGUACCGACGCCGUUCAUUGGAUCGCUUCAUGCACCAAGUUCAUUGCGACCAUUGCUGUGAUGCAGUGUGUCGAGCGAGGCCAACUCAAGCUCGAUGAGGACAUCUCAACUGUUCUUCCCGAGUGGAAGAACCCCAAGGUUCUGGUCGGUUUCGACGACGCCAACGAACCUCAGUUUAGACCUUCGAAGAGGGUUAUCACAUUGAGACAUCUAUUGACGCACUCGAGCGGUAUGGCCUAUGUCUUCAUGCAUCCGUUGCUGGAGAAGUACAAUGAGGUCAAAGGAAUUGACAGGUCUCCCAUCGUGGAAACAAACAGGGAGUCGUUCCAUCCCUUCUUGGUUUUCGAGCCUGGUGAACAGUGGAUGUACUCUCCUGGCAUUGACUGGGCAGGUUUGAUGGUUGAGCGUGUCAACGGGGGUAUGAGACUGGGGGAGUACAUGCAGAAGCACAUGUUCGACCCCCUGUCUAUCCGAGACAUCACUUUCCAUCUUGAGCAGCGGGAGGAUCUGCGAUCCAGACUCGUGAAGCUGUGGGAGCGGGACGGAUCCAAUCUCAAGGAGAAGCAUGACCUUUGGUGGCCUGAUCCCGCUGUUGACGACAUGGGAGGUGGCGGCAUCUACACUACCGUCACCGAGCUACUCAAGCUCUACAAAGGCUUCCUCCAGGGCAAGCUUCUUCGGCAGGAGACCAUGGACGAGAUGUUCAGGCCUCAGCUUGAGAAUCGCAAGGGACUCGACAAGCCUGGUGAUUACGGUCUGGCAAACCGCAACGCGAUCUACAACGCCGUUCCCGAUGACGUGUCCUGCAACUUUGGCCUGUGA